CAUUGAGCAUUUGUUGAUCCCUCGUGGUUGCCAGACUCUGCACUCAGUGCCAGUGCCCACCACCUGUGCUCUGUUUUCAUCCUCUGACCAAAUACUGUUGUUAUCCCCAUUUUACAGAUGAGGACCCACAGGCUGGUAAAGGCCUGCAGAGGCGCCGACAUGGGGCUUAAGCUGUCCUGCCUGAAAGGCUUUAAAAUGUGUGUCAGCAGCAGCAGCAGCCACGACGAGGCCCCUGUCCUAAGCGACAAGCAUCUGGACCUACCCAACAUCAUCAUCACCCCUCCGACCCCCACGGGCAUGAUGCUGCCCAGGGACUCCAGGCAGACAGUCUGGCUGGAUGAGACGGGGUCAUGCCCAGAGGAUGGAGAAAUAGACCCUGAAGCCUGAGGAGGAGACACUGCACGCAGACUCGGCGGCGCUGGCUCCUGCUCUGGCUGGCC